UUUCUUGGCAAGACAGGGGGGCUUCCGCGGGACCAUGGCAUCGACAGAAGGUGCCAACAACAUGCCAAAGCAGGUAGAAGUGCGAAUGCAUGAAAGCCACCUGAGUCCAGUGGAGGCUAAGAAGAAGAACCUAUGUGUGCGGUUCUGCCUUUCGCUCAGAAAAAAUCUGCUCCUUUCGCUUACUGUAUUUGGUGUCAUCAUGGGUGCAUUGUGUGGGGCACUUCUUCGCAUGGCAACACCUAUUAAUCCUGAUGUCGUCAUGUUGAUAGCCUUCCCAGGAGACAUCCUGAUGCGGAUGCUAAAAAUGUUGAUUCUUCCUUUAAUUAUCUCAAGCUUAAUCACAGGUCUGUCUGGCUUGGAUGCUAAGGCUAGCGGUCGGUUAGGUACAAGAGCUAUGGUCUACUAUAUGUCCACGACGAUCAUUGCUGCUAUAUUGGGAGUUAUUCUGGUCUUAGCCAUUCACCCAGGCAAUCCAAAGCUCAAGAAACAGCUGGGAGAAGGAAAGAAGAAUGACGAAGUGUCCAGCCUUGAUGCUUUCUUGGAUCUUAUCCGAAACUUGUUCCCCGAAAACCUCGUACAAGCAUGCUUUCAGCAGAUUCAAACGGUCACCAAGAAAGUGCUUGUCCCUCAAGAGAUCGAUGAACCAUCCAAUGCAACAGACUCCAUCUUUGACAUGUUGAAUGAGACAGAAGUGACGCCAGAACCUCAGCUAGUCAUUAAGAAAGGCCUCGAAUUUAAGGAUGGCAUGAAUGUCUUAGGACUCAUUGGGUUCUUCAUUGCUUUUGGUAUUACAAUGGGCAAGAUGGGAGACCAAGCCAAGAUGAUGGUGGAUUUCUUCAAUAUCUUGAAUGAGAUUGUAAUGAAGCUGGUAACCAUGAUUAUGUGGUACUCGCCACUGGGCAUUGCCUGCCUCAUCUGUGGAAAAAUCAUUGCAAUCAAGGACCUGGAGGUAGUUGCUAGGCAACUUGGAAUGUACAUGGUAACUGUGAUCAUAGGCCUUAUCAUCCAUGGAGGGAUCUUCUUGCCUUUGAUUUACUUCGUGGUAACAAGGAAAAAUCCCUUCACAUUCUUUGUGGGCAUCUUUCAGGCAUGGAUUACGGCACUAGGCACUGCUUCAAGUGCUGGUACACUGCCUGUUACCUUUCGCUGCCUUGAAGAAAACUUGGGCAUUGAUAAGCGUGUGACAAGAUUUGUCUUGCCUGUCGGGGCCACUAUUAACAUGGAUGGGACUGCCCUAUAUGAAGCUGUGGCAGCUAUCUUCAUAGCACAGAUGAAUGGAAUUGCGCUGGAUGGCGGACAGAUAGUCACUGUCAGCCUGACAGCUACGCUUGCGAGUGUUGGAGCUGCAAGUAUACCCAGUGCUGGAUUGGUGACCAUGCUUCUCAUCCUCACUGCAGUGGGCCUUCCCACACAGGACAUCAGCUUACUUGUUGCUGUAGAUUGGCUUUUAGAUCGAAUGAGAACAUCUGUCAAUGUUGUGGGAGAUUCCUUUGGAGCUGGCAUUGUCUAUCACCUCUCCAAGGCAGAGUUGGAUAACAUUGAUGCCCAUCACAAAGUGCACGAAGAUAUUGAAAUGACCAAGACACAGUCCAUUUAUGAUGACAUGAAAAACCACAGGGAAAACAACUCAAACCAGUGUGUUUAUACAGCCCACAACUCUGUCAUAAUAGAUGAGUGCAAGAUUGAGAAACAUUGAAAGGGCAGAACUGAUUCAGUACAAAAUAAAAACACGUCACCCUGGCAACAAACGGCAAAUCUGCAGACUUCAAUGCUGUUGAAGAAGAACCUUGGAAACAUGAGAAAUAAGGAAGGAACAAUCCAGGUCCACCUCUAAUAAGCCCCAGAAGUUGUCUCAUGGUAAAAGCUGGUAUCAAGAUUCAAGAAGAUUUUUCACUGUCUUCAUUUAGCAUAAAAACUAUUCGCUUAUUUAAUGCUCUUAACGGAAACUUAGAAACAGUCUCAUAAAGUCAUUGCUCCUUUUAGCAUCUUUGCCAAAUAAUUCAUAACCAUCUGUCUCAAUUGUGUCACCAUUUGAAUGGAUGUGGCUGAAGGACACUCUGUCAAUUCAAGAGAUGUAUUUUUGCUGGGCUUCCUCUGAUCAACUCAAGACAUAGAGAAUGUAGAUGCUGCGAAAGAGGAAAGAUCAAAAAGCCCCGAUGGCUGGUGAGACUCGGGCUAAUAAGCAUUAAGUAUAAUGUAAACGGUGCAGUAUUUUCCAAUGCCUCUUCUCCUGCUGUAGAUGUCAACCAGCACCUUGGUGUAUAUCAAAUACAGUUAGCACUGUAGACUGUAAUAUAUGAUCACUGUAAGUGUUUUACAUGUGCUUUAUUAAUACCUGGCAUAUGAUAUUCU